AUGGAUCACUCCAUGCAUGCCAUGCACGACAUGGGCCACGGCCACACCGGCCAUGGCGAUAUGGAUAUGGACAUGGGCCAGUGCAACAUGAACAUGAUAUUCACCUGGUCAUCAGAGAACCUGUGCAUCAUCUUCCGCCAGUGGCGCAUUACCGGCCCCCUCUCCCUUAUCCUAUCGCUCAUCGUCAUCGUUCUCCUCACGGCCGGCUACGAGGGCGUACGACAAAUCACCCGUAAAUACGAAGCCGCUCACAAUCAACGCCUCAAUGCAUUCGUCGCGACUUCAUCCACUUCUGACGAUGGGAUCCCCCAGCCCGCUACCGCUAAUGUCCCCGCCGCAGCUCGUCCAUCCGUUACUGGCGAAGGCUCACCACUGCUUGUAGGACGGGAUAACAGAGCCGCUGUCGCACGGCAGGGAAGAUUUACGCUGGCUGCUUUGUAUGCCAUUCAAGUCUUCUACAGCUUCUUCAUCAUGCUUCUUUUCAUGACCUACAACGGCUCGGUCAUGCUGGCUGUUGCGGUUGGCGCAUUUGUUGGGUACCUACUUUUCGCUGACGGUACUCCGGCUUCCAAGACUGUUGCCUGCCACUGA